CCACAUUGACUCGCACACUGCGUCAUUCUGUCAUAUUAUAGUUCCAGACAGUACAGAUUUGCCAAUUACAACAAUGAUACUGUUACAUCUAAUACACACUGGACUCAGUUUUGUAGUGAGUUUUGGUUCUUUCGUGGCGUUCACUAUAUUCAGUAACUCCUUUGGUACAUACCAUGGAUUAUUGGCAGCUACGGCAGAUGGUUUUUGCUUCGUGGUGGUGUAUUUUUAUCACUCUAGGAUUAUAGAAAGAGAAGAAGUGCGUUUGAACACCAUAAAUUCCAUAAAAACUUUGAGUGUCUUUGGUUUUGUUUUAAUCGUUUUGAAUUUGGUACAAUUCAUUUUCCGCCUAACUAAUCAAUUACGAUAUGAGCCAGCACUUUUUCCUAUAAGCACAAGUAACUUUUUCGACAUACUCAUUUGUGCAAUUGGAUUGAAAAGUGGAAUUUGCUUGGUGUACUACUGCCUACGGUAUAGACCGAGAGACGAAGAAGAACAGCCGUUACUUGGGGAGAUUAAUUAAUAUCAGUUAUAAAAAAAGGUUGUGAAGUUGUCAUGCAUGCAAUCAUCAGGUAAGAAAAGCUAGGAUAAAAGCACUAAUCCAUUACUAUAGAACUUAAUUUCUGAUUAUAUUUCAUUUUUAUAUAUCUUAACAUAUUGCCAAUAAAAACAUUGUACAAUAUACAAUAAAAAUAUAGAAUAUAACAGCAAA